CCUAAUUUCCAUAUAGCCAGGCCUGCGCGUGACGGGGAAUCUCCUACGCUUUUCAUCCUAGAGCCCAUCCAUACCUCAACUUAGUAGAUCGAUGAGAAACUAUCCUGCGAGAUCAGUAUGGAUACACGGGAACACUAUAUAAUAGACAGUUCGACCUAUGAAGAGCUAGGUACUUGACAAAACCCAAUAACGAUGUGUUGGCUUCAUGCUUAAGAUACGUACCCGUAGUUUUAAAUCUCUAUUUAAAUUCUUGUUUCCUCUUUCAUUACAUGCUAGCUUUCAUGGGAUUCGAACUGCUAGGACUGAAAGAGGGACCUAGUUACUACUUUCUACCCCAAUUUGGUACCCCUAUUACCCCUAUUCACUUAUUCAGCACAUCCACUAUAUCGAUCAAGUAACCGGCAUGUCAUCAGGUUCAGUUUCAUCUUCGCCUCCCGACGUGGAUUAUGGACCCUUUAUCAUUCGUGUCUUGACCCCGAUGACGAUCCUUGUAACUGUUGUCGUUUGUCUCCGUAUUGCCAUAAGGAUUCGCCGUGUUGCUAGUAUUGGAAUCGAUGACUGGCUCAUGAUAAUCUCACUUGUCCUUUCGUGGGGAUUUUACACUUCGAUCAUCUUACUCAUUAACCUCGGCGGCGUGGGAAAACCAACAGCCGCAGGCAGUCCUCGCCGAAUUCUUUACGACGCCAAGUUCGUUUUCGCCGGCCAAUUGAUCUAUGCAACAAGUAUCCUAUCUACCAAACUUAGCAUCCUGGCAAUGUAUAGGCAGAUUUUCCCAGUACGGCUGAUGAAGCUAGGGCGUCUUGUCCUGAGCUAUCUCACUGUAAUAUGGUGGGGAGUCUAUGUCCUCUUUGAGACCUUUCAGUGCAAGCCGAUCAAGAAAGUAUUCAAUCCUGCUAUAGAAGGCCACUGUAUUGGAUCAUACGAGUUCAUAUUAGGGCUUAUGGUUCCUAAUAUCGUCACCGAUGUCGCUAUCUUGUGUCUGCCGAUCUACGAGAUCGUGAACUUGCACCUCACGCCUAGCCAGCGUAUCACGCUCUCUGGUAUUUUCUUAUUUGGGUCGUGCGUAAUCGUUGCAAGUGGGAUCCGACUACGAUAUCAUAUCCAAUUGUCCCAGGUCGCGGAUAUUGACACUACUUUGGCUUAUGUCAAUCCGAUCUUAUGGACUGCCCUGGAGCCCGACCUAGGGAUAAUUUGCGGCUGUCUGCCUGUGCUCGGACCGCUAUUCAACGGCUUAGUUGGGAUGCGCCCCUUCAUCUGGAUCCGCAAAUUCACAAGAUGUAGCCGCAACUAUGAUGGUAACGAAGCGCGUAGCAUGCCAGUCUCUUUACGUGCGCUUCGGACCAUAGGCGGCUCGACGAUGCAUAGAGAUGAUGUAGGAAAGGGUAGAAAAUCCCAGGAUCCAAGGCCGCCGAUCAACUCUAUGAGACGGUUUCAGAAGCUCGACGACGACGAUUCGGACUGCGCUAUUAAAGUAAGUUGCUACGGGAACGAAAGGGACGUCAGACGAGAACUACCCGAUCUAUGGCCGCGGGGUUAUGCCGCCGGAUAUCGUACGGUAGUGAGAAAGACUAGCGAUGUUGAAGGGAAUAAAGUGCCACUCGGCGCUAUUGCGGUCGAGACGGUGGUUGACUGGGAGGAAAGUGGUCCUGCUUCUGAUACUACAUAGUCUCUUGAAUCGUGUAUGAUAUAAUAGUAAUAUACAUACCAUGCAUAUGCCCGAACCCGUGCCCGUGCCCGAACUUGUUCGAGAUAUUGUAUCC